UCUCUCCAACAUGAAGUUGAUCAUCCUGGUAGUCUUUUUUGCUUUUCUUGGACUGGCGGAAUCGGAGAACUGUAACAAAGAUUGCUUGAGAAGCGGAAUUAGCUAUCUUUGCGGGAAAACUGUGAGAAAUGGCAGGGAAAUUCGCUGCACCUACAAGAAUCCCUGCGAAAUGGAUCUGCAUGCCUGCCAAAAACGGGAACAGUGGAAGAAAGAUACAACAGGUCGAUGCACACGCGACUCAGAGGAAUGCAGACGGUAGGGGGAAAAUUACCAGGCGCAGGAGAAGCAGCUGAAUAUUUUUAAGCAAUAUAUAAAUAUUGACACAAUUGACAAGGCGAAAUAUAAGAAGUACAAUUUUUGGACAGCCUCUG